CCGCCCCCUGUUUUCCGCUCUCCUGCUCAGCAGAAGUUGUGGAGGUCUCCGAGCUUCUCUGUCGUAGACGUCGAGCCCUUGUGCAGUUGUGAUGCCGCGUGGAAGCCGAAGCCGCACCUCCCGUAUGGCCCCUCCGGCCAGCCGGGCACCUCAGAUGAGAGCUGCGCCCAGGCCAGCACCAGCAGCUCAGCCACCAGCACCAGCUGCACCAUCUGCCGUUGGCUCACCUGCUGCUGCACCCCGGCAGCCAGGUCUGAUGGCCCAGAUGGCAACCACUGCAGCUGGUGUGGCUGUGGGCUCUGCUGUGGGCCACACGCUGGGUCAUGCCAUUACUGGGGGCUUUAGUGGAGGAAGUAAUGCUGAGCCCGCAAGGCCUGACAUCACUUACCAGGAGCCUCAGGGAGCUCAGCCGGCAUACCAGCAGCAGCAGCAGUUUGGCCCGUGCCACUAUGAGAUGAAACAGUUUUUGGAGUGUGCCCAGAACCAGGGUGACCUUAAACUUUGUGAGGGUUUCAGCGAGGUGCUGAAACAGUGCAGAUUUGCAAAUGGAUUAGCCUAAUCAAGAAGUUCGCGUUGAAGAAAUGGAAAAUCUUCUCUCUUGUCCAAGUUAAUUUAGUAUAAAGAUGUAAUUGAUAGUGAAAGUAUAAAACUUCCAGUUAACUCUAUCAUCAGUAGUUUCCUUGCCUCAGAAUUGCAAUGGAAGGGAGUGUUCUUACUGUAUAGAAAGAAGUUCAUUGAGAUGGUAUUGAGUUUGAGUCUAGGCAGAUGUUUAUGUGGCCUCCAGCUUUCAUGAUGUUACUAUUUGUGAAUCUAUUACAAUAAAGUGAUUUUCUUCCAAAA